AUAUAAAAUAAAACUCAACUCCCCAAUCUGUCAAACAUUCUGAAAGAAAACGGUGAAAAAUACAAGUCAUCAUAAAAUGGAAGCGAUGGAAGUGGUUUUACCCGAAAAGGAUGAAGGGAGUCCUGCCGAACAAAAGCAAGCCUUGCAAGACAUGGACAUGGAAGAUUUGUAUACUAAAUACAAAAAACUUCAACAAAUGCUUGAAUUCUUAGAGGUUCAAGAAGAAUACAUUAAGGAUGAGCAACGGAACCUUAAAAAGGAAUAUUUGCACGCCCAAGAGGAAGUGAAACGUAUACAAUCGGUACCAUUGGUAAUUGGCCAGUUUUUAGAAGCUGUGGAUCAAAAUACAGGCAUCGUAGGUUCAACAACUGGUUCAAAUUAUUAUGUACGUAUUUUAUCAACCAUUGAUCGUGAGCUUUUGAAACCUUCGGCCAGCGUAGCGCUUCACAAACAUAGCAACGCUUUAGUUGAUGUACUACCUCCUGAAGCGGACUCGUCAAUUAGUAUGUUGCAAGCCGACGAAAAACCAGACGUUACUUAUGCUGAUAUCGGAGGAAUGGAUAUGCAAAAACAAGAAAUCCGCGAAGCCGUUGAACUUCCAUUGACUCAUUUUGAAUUGUAUAAACAAAUUGGUAUUGAUCCACCUCGAGGAGUUCUUAUGUACGGACCUCCUGGGUGCGGUAAAACUAUGCUUGCUAAAGCUGUAGCUCAUCAUACGACCGCAGCUUUUAUAAGGGUUGUUGGGUCAGAGUUUGUUCAGAAAUAUUUGGGAGAAGGGCCAAGAAUGGUUCGUGAUGUAUUUAGAUUAGCUAAAGAAAACUCUCCAGCUAUAAUAUUUAUAGAUGAAAUUGAUGCAAUCGCCACAAAAAGAUUUGAUGCUCAAACAGGGGCAGAUCGAGAAGUUCAAAGGAUACUGUUAGAACUUUUGAAUCAAAUGGAUGGUUUCGAUCAAACCACAAACGUUAAGGUUAUUAUGGCUACGAAUCGAGCUGAUACUUUGGACCCUGCUUUACUUCGUCCUGGUCGUUUGGAUAGGAAAAUUGAGUUUCCACUGCCUGAUCGCAGACAAAAACGUCUUAUUUUCACUACGAUUACGUCGAAAAUGAAUUUAUCAGAGGAGGUUGAUUUAGAAGAUUUUGUAGCAAGACCGGAUCGCAUUUCUGGUGCUGAUAUUAAUGCAAUUUGUCAGGAGGCGGGGAUGCAUGCUGUUCGUGAAAAUCGAUACAUUGUCUUACCCAAGGAUUUCGAAAAGGGAUAUAAAAAUAAUAUUAAAAAAGAUGAGAGCGAACACGAAUUUUACAAGUAAUUUUGUUUAGGUGUCAAAUUGUGUGAAUAAAAAAAUCUUCAAAAACAAA